AUGCCUGACCCUACGACUCAAUCAAAUUAUCUUUCGAUCGCUACAAAGCAUGUUGCCUUGGAUUGGACGUUAGAUUUUAACCAAAAGAUUAUUUCUGGUUCUGCGACGCAUAAGCUUAUCGUCAUAGAUGAGGCCGUGAAAGAAGUAGUAUUUGACUCCGGAGGAUUGGAUAUCACAUCAGCCGAGGUAGCAGGAAACCAGGUUACCUUCAAGCUGGACGAAAGACAUCCAGUUAUGGGCUCAGCCCUCCACAUCCCGUUCUCAGAGCCACUUCACAAAGGCGAAAAUGUCGAGGUCAAGAUAACAUAUAAGACCGCUACUGAUGCAGUAGCUCUGCAGUUCCUCGAUAAAGAGCAGACUCAAGGGAAGAAGUUUCCGUAUCUGUUCAGCCAGUGUCAACCCAUACAUGCUCGGACUAUGGCUCCUUUGCAAGAUACUCCUUCUCUUAAGAUCACAUACAGCGCGAAAAUAUCUUCAGUACUUCCGGUCCUGAUGUCCGCUAUCCGCGUGUCUCCAUCGCCACAAGGACCUCCUCAUGACGGCAAGGUUAUAGGGAAGGACGUCGUGACCUAUUCUUACAACCAACCUACACCAAUUCCUUCCUACCUCAUCGCGAUUGCCUCUGGCGAUGUUCGUUUCAGACCGUUCCCGAGAGAGAAGGGGAAGGACUGGACAAGUGGAAUCUGGGCUGAACCUGAGUUAAUCGACGCUGCAUAUUGGGAAUUUAGCGCAGAUACGAAUAGGUUCCUCGCAGCGGAAGAAAAGAUAGUCGUCCCGUACAAGUUCGGUGUUUAUGACCUUCUUGUCCUUCCUCCAUCCUUCCCUUACGGUGGCAUGGAAAAUGCUUGUCUCUCGUUCCUCACUCCUACCCUCCUGACUGGAGAUAGGACGCUUGUAGAUGUAGUAGUUCAUGAGCUGACACAUUCUUGGUUCGGAAACGGCGUCACUCAUCAGGACGCAUCAAAUUUCUGGCUUAAUGAAGGGUGGACUACGUACAUCGAGCGCGUACUUCAACAGGUCCUUCAUUCGCCUGCACAUCGCGGAUUUUCCUUCAUUAUUGGAUACAAAGCCCUGGAAGAUGCACUCAAGCAAUAUGAGGACCGGCCAAGAUAUCAGAGACUGAUCGUAGAUUACGAGGUCGGAGAAGAUCCGGAUGAUGCAUAUAGUAGCAUCCCGUACGAGAAGGGUGCCAACUUGCUUUUACAUUUGGAACGAGUUCUCGGAGGUUUGGACGUCUUCCUUCCAUAUGUCCGAGACUACGUCAAUACGUUCAUGGGUCAGAGCAUAAACGCUGCUAUAUGGAAAGAUCAUCUGUAUAGCUACUGGAGCAAGCAUGGUGGUGCAGAGAAAGUCAAGGCACUUGAUAGCGUUGACUGGAAUGCGUGGUUUUAUGGAGAAGGUCUCACUCUACCAGUUGAAAUGGAGUAUGAUACUACGCUUGCAGAGCAAGCUUAUGCAUUGGCCGCUCGUUGGGAUUCCUCUAGAGAUAAGGACGUGUCAAACCUUGACUUCAAGUCUAGCGAUCUCGAGGGUUUCGACACCAACCAGAAAAUUGUCUUCCUUGAGCGCCUCCAAAACUACCCGGCUUUUCCAAGUUCGCACAUUACUCACCUCGGCUCAUUAUACGGCGUCCGCACGACCUCAAACAUUGAAAUCCGCGAUCGGUUCUACGAGUUAGCUCUGCUCUAUCCUGGGGUCGCACCGGAAGAGUCAAAGGCUAUUGCUCAGGAGGCUGCUAAAUGGGUUGUCGGAGAGCACGGAACGGGUAUCAUCAAAGGUCGGAUGAAGUUCUGCAGACCGGUUUUCCGUGCCGUGAAUCGUGCCGAUCCUGAGGUUGCGAAGAGUACGUUUAUGAAAUACAGGUCUGCGUUCCAUCCUAUUGCGCGCAGGUUGAUUGAGAAGGAUAUUGGAAUUGUCCCUUACAAAAUGCCAAGUACACAAGACACUCACGCAGACGUUCUGUAAGUGAAAGAAGGGAUUUAUAGUGUGUAUGGAUAUCAAGAUAAAUGAGAAUGCGCUUU